CCGCCUAAAAUGAGUAAAGAAGAACACGGAACCUCACUUCUCCUCUCUGAAAUCUCAAUCCUCAGUCACAAUGUCUGCAUCCACAUUACCACUUAUCUCCCUCGCCAUUGUCUUCCAUUUCCUCGUCGUAGGGGUUGAUUCGGCGACGUUCACUAUGAUAAACAAAUGUGAUUACACAGUUUGGCCGGGAAUUCUCUCCAACGCCGGAGUCCCUCCACUUCCGACCACCGGAUUUUCUCUCCAGCCCGGCGAGUCACGCUCCCUCGACGCCCCGCCGUCUUGGGGUGGCCGAUUCUGGGGCCGUACACACUGCUCUGAGGACUCCGCUGGGAAAUUCGUAUGCACCACCGGAGACUGCGGCUCCGGUAAGCUCGAAUGCUCUGGAGCCGGCGCAGCACCUCCGGCGACCCUGGCCGAGUUCACUCUAGAUGGCGCUGGGGGAAUGGACUUCUUCGACGUCAGCCUCGUCGACGGCUACAAUCUCCCGAUGCUCGUCGUCCCACAAGGUGGCUCCGGCGACAACUGUACCUCCACCGGCUGCGUCGUCGAUCUCAACGGAGCGUGCCCGUCGCAGCUCCGCGUCACGACGGCGAUUGACGGCGGAGAGAGCGCCGUCGCUUGCCGGAGCGCGUGCGAGGCGUUCAAGGAGGAGCAGUUCUGCUGCAGCGGCGCGUACGGGACACCAGACACGUGUAAACCAUCGGUGUACUCGCAAAUAUUCAAAAGCGCGUGCCCACGCGCUUACAGCUAUGCCUACGACGACAAAUCCAGCACCUUCACAUGCUCUAAUUCCCCCGGUUACUCCAUCACUUUUUGCCCUUCCCCAAACACAAGUCAGAAAUCAUCUCAGGAGCGGCACAGUACCGAAACGACGACGUCUGGAACGAACUCGUCGCCGCAAGACACUACCAUGGUUUACGAAGGUGCUUUCGAUCGAAGCGGGUCGACGCCGACCACGUGCGCGCACGUGCUGAUGUCGGUUAGCGCGUGGAUUGCACUCGCAGCUUGGAGGUUAAGAGGAUAGUAGAUCCCCGGAAACCAAACGGGUUAACCGGUGAUAAAGUAGGCCCCAUCUGCUUUUAUCACAAAGGAAACGUCAACUGACAUCGGCCCAAAAGUUGCGAGGACAACACAACAGCCACCGCACGUGGGAUCCACGUGGUUGACAUUGGAUGAUGUGGCACGCGGACCGGCCGACGCGGCAUGUGGAGGUGAUUGUAUUUCGAUGGUGGGAUGGGGCUUGGAACAAAAUUUCAUUAAUUUCUAACAUUUUUAAAUUUUUUAGAUAUAUUGGGUUAAAGGAAAUUAUAAUACUAAGGCCAUUGUUAUUGUUGUUGUAUACAUUCUUUAGUGAUAUACAAUAAGAUCCGUUUUCGUC